AUGGGCAGUGGCCAACAGAAUGACUGUAUGAAUGCUGAUCACAGCAAUACUGUGGAUGGAAUAGUAACAGCCAAAACAGUUGAACAUGCAUCUGAAGAGUACCAUGCUGGAAAAUGGGCUCGUGAAAAAUCAGGGCACUUAGGGUAUCAUGGCACUGUGCAAUGGGCAAGAGAUCGAGGUUUGCACUUACCAGCCAAUCUGGUGAAAGAAGUUAUCCGCAAGUGUGAGAUAUGUCAAAAGGCAAAACACGCCUUACUGCCAACAAAGCCAAUGGCACAAAUCAAGCAAAGAGACCAGCUUGCUCAAAUCUGGCAGAUUGACUAUGUUGGCCCAUUACUAAAGUUCCAGAUUAAAAUUGUUUGUAAUGUGUUCUGCUUGAUCUUUUUGCAGGUUCCAACUCUCUGUGAAGACCUAUUAUCAUCUGUAGAUCAGCCACUGAAGAUCGCCAGGGAUAAAGUAAUUGGAAAGGAUUACUUACUUUGUGACUAUAAUAGAGAUGGUGACUCGUACAGGUCACCAUGGAGUAAUAAGUAUGAUCCUCCUCUGGAAGAUGGUGCCAUGCCAUCAGCUCGCUUGCGAAAACUGGAAGUUGAAGCCAACAAAGCAUUUGAUCAGUACCGAGACCUAUAUUUUGAAGGAGGAGUCUCUUCCGUCUACCUCUGGGACUUAGACCAUGGUUUUGCUGGUGUGAUACUUAUCAAGAAAGCUGGUGACGGAUCAAAAAAGAUCAAAGGCUGCUGGGACUCCAUACAUGUGGUGGAAGUUCAGGAGAAGUCGAGUGGACGUACUGCUCAUUACAAGCUGACUUCUACAGUUAUGCUUUGGCUACAGACAAACAAGGCUGGCUCUGGAACUAUGAAUCUCGGUGGCAGUCUGACCAGACAGGUACAGAGGCCAGAGAAUUUUGAGGAUGAAAAUUCAUCUUUGCACAGUAUUGAAAUGUUUGGGUGA